AUCUCAGUCGGAUGCAUUGAAAAAUUCGUUAUUAUCCCUCCGUAAAUGAUUAGCAUUUCGACUUUGGAGACGGUCCUUCAUGACAUACAUGAUACGCAAAAAGAUAAUGAGCAUUACCAGAACCAGAUUCAAGGGUUCGCAGACUCGCGCCACCGCCGUCCAACGCAUCGAGGUAGUGAUCCAUCACAAAUGUCGACAACGCCGUCAGUGCGAAGCGGGUGCGAACUGCACUCAGGUCAAUAACAGAGGUCCAGUGGGACCAAAUCAUGGCUGUUUUCUCUGGGGACAAAGAUUAAAGGCUACCUUUCAGGGCGGAUACGAUCAUCAGAGACAUCGCCCGUUUCAAGAGGAGAUGGAACUUCCUAAAGGCAACAGAAGUGAGGCGCAGCAUACCUCUAACCCCACAGAUUCUUCGCUCAUCAUAUCGUGGAGAGCAAAGUUGACUCAUAGUUCCAGUCAAAUUGAGUCACUGAUUUCCACCCCAUGGCCAACUGAGGAUGGAAAUAUUGAAAUACACGUCGUGCGGGAGGAAGAAAAUCCGCCAAGCAUGCGGGACUCCGUCCCGCUCCUCUCAUCCUUGCGCAUAGCGACGCUCGCUGCUUCAUCCAUAUUCCAACAGGAAAAGCGACGAUAAGUUAGCAGGGACAGAAGGAGGGAAACUGAAGGCGCCUGUGAUCAUGACACUUGGCGCCGAAUUUGAAUAGUGUUACGCCACGAACGGCCCACAGCACCACUGAAGAUGCAUCACAACUUGAAUUGCAGCCUCAUAUAUGUAUCAACCCAUCGGGCUGUACAUACAGUAUUAGAGGUCCGGAUCCUGUGUAUAUCUAAGAG